UUUAACUGUAUUAGUGCCAGUGUCUGUGUCUCUUAGUGUGGGAAUGUAGCAGACUUGGAGGCAGCGCCGCUGUUCUUUCUGAGCGCAUGGAUGGACCUUGGAUAGUCGUCUGGAUGUAUGUGGGCAGAAGGGACUAGAUAGGGGCAUGGAUUUAAAAAAAGAAAAAAAAAAAGAUCGAAUGGAUUUAGCCCCCCUCUGCCCUCUGUGAUUUAUUCCCCUGGAUGGUUGUCCAUCGCUCAGCUGCUUUCUCCUGGGGAGGAGAUUACCGGCUGCCUGAGUCGGCUGGAGAGCUGCGGGUAAGAGGAGAGAGAUGAGGAGAGCGAGCUUGCCGUGUGCGCGGGAAGAGUGAGCUACAGACGUGCCUUUGCUACCUACUGCUGUUAGAGCUUUCCAACCCAAACCCAAACCCACAGACACGAGAGAAAGAGAGAGAGCGAGGGAGAGAGGGAGGCAGGGCUGCAUCAGCUGCGAUGGUUGCUGCGUUGGUGCAGCUGUGAGAGAGGCUGCAGCAGGGAGUUGCCGGGUAUCUUCUCUCGCUCAGCCUUGGAUUUACAGCGCGCUUCUAGCGGCAACCGCAGUGUCCUCGAUCCACUCUUCUGUCUGUCAGCCUUGUUUUUUUUUUUCUUCUAUCUUGGGAAUUAUCUUUAUCUCUUGGACACUGAACUAGAUACAGGCACGUCUCUUAACCCCCCUCCUUCCCUUUCCUCACUUACCUCUGCUCUGUGUAUGUGUGUGUUUGUGUGUGUGUCUGUGCUACAGCAUGCUUGUGUGUGUAAUUAUUCCUGCCUUGUGAUAAUUGUCUAUUGUGUUGUUGAGAAUUUGUAUUCAGGUAGUUAUGUGUAGGCUAAGGUCCUGUGCACUGUUAAUAUGAUCUGUCAGAGAUUGCAUCUGUCUCUGUAGCUGUGGAUGAGUGCAUGUUUGAAUGUUAAUGAGAUGCCCAGCCCUGGUUUCUUGGUCAGCCCCCUCCCUUGCUCAAAUCGCUUCCUAGCUGGGCCCUAAACUCCAACAGCAUGAGUGAGAGAACAGCUCUAGGGGCCACCAUGGAGACCAUGACCCUGGAGGAGCCCGGGGUUGAAGAGUCCUCUCCUCGGGUCCCAGGGCACCUCCGCUGUGGCCCCUGUGCCAUGUGGCCCAGGCAGCAGACAUGGCUUUGUGCUGUACCCUUGCUGAUGGGAUUUGUGGGACUGGGCCUCAGUCUCAUGCUCCUCAAAUGGAUUGUAGUGGGCUCAGUCCAGGACUACGUGCCCACUGACUUGGUUAAUGCCAAGGGUAUUGGACAGGACCCUAUCUUCCUCUCGAAACCUAGUGUCCCGUCUAAGGGCCCAGAUGCCGCCACUAUGUCCACUACCUCCCCAGGCAAUACAAUUGGGCCAAUACCUGGUUCAGCUGCAGAUGGGACCGCUACAGUGCACAGGACUCAAUCAGGCACAUCCUCAAACCACAGCAGCAACAGCAGUGGGGCAAGAGGAGCUGGAUCAGUGGAGGGAGGCUCUGGGAACCGAGCUCCACACCUCCAUAACAGGGUUGGCACACGAGGGAAUGGCACAGCUGUACCUGGGGAAAAAGAGGUCACCCCACGUAGUACCACAGUCAGAAAGCCAAGUCAAGGUGGCAGCCGAAAUGUUUAUCCCUCAUCCAGAGCGGUACCACCAAGCCCAAUCUCCAUCACUACCACAACAGCUGCAACUACCACUACAGUGAAAAGCACAGCCACUACCCAAGUGCCCCCACUUAUCACUACAUCUACCAGGCCUACCCAGCGCUUAAACCAUGGACGCGCAUCUAAGGGGCCUUCCACCAAGCCCACUCGUCCUCAUCAUCGCUUCAGAACACUUGCACCAACCACCCCGACCGUCCGCUCUGAGUUCUUCAAACCUUGUCAAGACAGUCAAGAGUUAGCCUUCUGUCUGAACGAAGGAGAAUGCUUUAUUAUCGAGACAGUGGCAGGAGUUCACAGGCACUGCAGAUGUAAAGAGGGUUAUCGAGGACUUCGCUGUGACCAGUUUGUUCCGAAGACAGACCCCAUCCUCUCCAACCCAACAGCAGAUGAGCUUGGCAUCGAGUUCAUGGAGAGUGGAGAGACCUACCAGAGACAGAUCCUGUCAAUCUUCAGCAUCGCCAUGGGGAUCAGCUUGCUGGGUUUGGCCUGUAUGGCUCUUUACUGCAGGAAUAAGAGACAAAGGGGAAAGCCUAGAACUCAUCAGACUGAGAUCCGCACUCUGAGGGACUGUAGUCUCAUUGCUUCCCGACUCAUGUCCAAAUCCAGUCCCAAGAUUGAUUAUGACCUCCAGCAUCAAAAGUGCUGCAAAGCCCAUGGGUCAUCCCCGACACCAGGCCACAGUACAGGAUUCGACCAUUCCAAAGUCUCCUCAUCCAAUCAGUGCAACAGUCUGGCUCCAGUGAAAAAUUGCAGUCCUAAUGCAAAACAGAAGGUAUCUAAUCAUCGACCUGUCUCACGAUGGACACCACCCAUCUCUAGAGCAGGACACUGUCUAACUGGAGGAUCAAAGGAUUAUAUUAAUAGCUACAAACAUCUCCGGGAGGUGGAGUCCACAGAUGCUACGUUAGAAUCUCUGAGACGGUGUCACUCCCAAACCGAAGGUAAUCAGUACAGUCGCUCAUUUCUGAAUAUCCAGACUGAUGCCUUCGCCCAUUCCAGAGAAAAAUUGACCCUGGCUAAUGUUCCUUGCACUCGUCUGGAUCAGGGAACAGCAUUUCCUCCUCCAUCUUACCGUGCCUGCUCUGUUCCCAUCAUCCCCUCUGUACAGGCAUCCAACCAGGAAGACAGAGUCGAGGAUCGAAGCAGCACAAUGUUGUAUUAUAAAGAUGGAGCCUCUGCAAGCCAAACUAUCAACUGUGAAAGAGGGUCACUGUCAGAUUGCAGCCAGGGCUCGCAUGCACUAGGGAAUCAAACCAAACACAAAAGCCUUGUCACUUAUGCGACAGCUUUGGGAGCACGUACAGAGUCCACUAUGGCAAAGACUGUCAUCUCAAUGACUGUACUGGGAUCAGGAAAGGAGCACGUGCACCACUCCUCCGAUAUGUCGAAAUCCUCUGAAAGACCAGAGCAUCAGCAUGUCCAGUCCACUCACGAGGAAAAAGAGCAGCAGGGGGCUGCGUUACAUAAUUCGAUUAUUAGGAGAGAGAGAGACUGCCACCUUUCCACUGAACCUAAAGGUCUGUGUGCCCCUACAGCCUUUAAGAGCUGAUUGGAUAAAUUCAUAGAACUGAAGAAUUAUACUAACACAAGAACAGUGGAACAGUAAAACACUAAAAUCCAUGAAGGUCUAGUCAUUUGCCUUCACCUCCCUUUUACUUACACAAGACUUUCUCUCUAAACUCCUUAACUGCAUUGUGGACUACACCAAGAGCGUGCAGUGACAGAAUUCAGAACACUGGAGACCUAAAAGUAUAAUGUGAAUAAAUUAUGAAAUGAUAUAAUGACUGUCGUUGGGAUGUUGAUUUAAAGAGGCAUUGAAGAAGAUUUAAAAAAAAAAAAAAAAAAGAUUUAUAUGCCACUAUUUAACAAAAUGCUUCUACUUAGAAACCAAAUAGUGUGUCAUCUAUAUGUUGUUUCUCUAUUGUAAAAAAAAAAAAAAAGAAAAAGAAGAAAAUAUAAUAGAUGUCAUAACUUUAUGUAUGUCAUGUAUAGAAUAUAUAUAUGACAUACACCUGGACGAAAUAAAGAUGCAAAAUAUGAUUAA